AUGAAUGCCUUGGUUAUGGAAAAGGAUUCGUUCUGGGACCACACAAUCCACACAGGAGAGAGAUCCCAUAAGUGCUUAGACUGCGGAAAAAGUUUCAUACAGAGGUCAAACCUUUUAAAACAUCAGGCAAUCCACACAGGAGAGAGACCCCAUAAGUGCUUAGGCUGUGGAAAAAAUUUUGGAUGGAAGUCAGAGCUUGUUAAACACCAAGCAGUCCACACAGGAGAGAGAUCCCAUAAGUGCUUAGACUGUGGGAAAAGUUUUAUACACAGGUCAAAUCUUAAAACGCAUCAGAAGAUCCACACAGGUGAGAGCUCCCAUAAGUGCUUAGACUGUGGAAAACAUUUUGUAUGCAAGUCAGCCCUUGUUAAACAUCAAGCAGUCCACACAGGAGAGAGAUCCCAUAAGUGCUUAGACUGCGGAAAAAGUUUCAUACAGAGGUCAGAGCUUGUAAGACAUCAGGCAAUCCACACAGGAGAGAGAUCCCAUAAGUGCUUAGACUGCGGAAAAAGUUUCAUACAGAGGUCAGACCUUGUAAGACAUCAGUCAAUCCACACAGGAGAGAGACCCCAUAAGUGCUUAGACUGUGGAAAAAAUUUUGGAUGGAAGUCAGAGCUUGUUAAACACCAAGCAGUCCACACAGGAGAGAGAUCCCAUAAGUGCUUAGGCUGUGGGAAAAGUUUCAUACACAGGUCAAAUCUUUUAACACAUCAGAAGAUCCACACAGGAGAGAGAUUCUGGGAGCAGGACCUUCCUGGCAUCAAAGGGGUGUCCUGA